CACGGCGGGGCGGGAUGGGGGUGCGGGCCGUGCGGGCGGCGCUGACGGCUCACGGUGUCCGCAGGCCCGAGCACCGCCGGGAGACGGCGCGGUUCUGGCGGGAGCACCGCGCGGAGGCGGCGCUGCGGGAGCGGUGCCUGGUGCCCGCCGAGGAGUACGAGCGGUUCGCGCGGGCUCUGGAGCAGGCGCUGGCCGAGCACCAGCGGCGGGAGGAGGAGCGCAUCCUGCAGAUGGCGGCCGACAUCCGGGAGGCCGAGCGCCGGCAGCGGGAGACCGUGCAAGCCGCGCUGCAGCUUCAGCCCGAGCCAGAGCUUUGUGCAGGACCUUCUGUCUGCAGGCUCCCCGCAGGACCUGAACGGGACAGCCCUUGUGCAGAACAGCCUGGCCCGAGCGGAAUGCAGACAGGACCUGAUUUAGCCUGGAUGGAAUCAGGAAGGGUUCUCACCUUCAUUGGCCACCAGGAAACAGAAGGGAAAGGAAAUGUCCACACAGGAGCAAAACCUCCAUGGCUAACAGAGGAAGAAGAUGGAAGUAAAGAAAUUGGACCUUCCUAUGAGGAAUUUCUCAAACACAAGGAGAAGCAGAAGCUGAAAAAGCUGCCAGUGGAACGUGUUGGUGCCAACUUUGACCACGCCUCUCAGACCAGUGACAGCUGGCUCCCUUCCUUUGGGCGCGUUUGGAACCACGGCAGGAGGUGGCAGUCCCGGCAUCAGUUUAGAACUGAAUCAGGGGAAAAGAAGAAAAAAAGAUGAUCAGAUGAGGAACGCCAGACACCCACUCUGCUCUGGAAAGGCUGACUGUAGCUAGCUGCAGUUUUGUUGCCUUAAGAGCGUUCAUCUGAGCAUCACCUCUAAAGCCACACAAAGUCAGGUCCUGCCAGCAAGGACAGGCUCCUGUGGAUGCCACAUCUUCCCCGUCAGAAAGCCUACUCUGUACAGCAAGCAAUGCCAGUGGCCUGUGCUGACAUGGCACAUCCCACUGAAGCAAGAAUUUUUGGAGAAAUAAACUUUUUUUUUUUUAAAUGCC